AUGGCACAGCCACGCCCCCUACUCGUCGUAAUUGGGGCUGGCAGCAUGGGACUUUGCAUCGCCCGUCGACUUGGCUCAUCGCACCAUAUCCUUGUUGGAGACUAUUCGCCCGCUGCUCUGUCCGAAGCCAAGGGCUCGCUCGACCCCGCCGGCCAUCUCAUAACAACAAAGAAUAUCGAUGUUUCCUCCGAGACAUCGGUCGCCUCCUUCGCGAAGACAGCCGCCGAGCUCGGUCCUAUCAAGACCGUCAUUCUUACGGCCGGUGUAUCCAGCGCCGCAAACGACACCCAGCUGAUCUACGCCACUAACCUUACUGGCACCGCUCUCGUUCUUGACAGCUUUCUUCCCCUGAUGCCUCCUGGAAGCUCCCUGACCAUCAUAGCCUCGGUUGCCGGUCACCUGCUCCCUCCCAACCCGGGCUUGGAGACUCAUCUGGCAACAGCCCCGACAGCUUCCCUCAUCACGCACCACGAACUGGACCACGAUACCGACUCUAGCCACGCUUAUGGUGUCUCGAAGCUUGGUUGCAUCGUCCGUGCUCAGUACAAGGCUGCUGAGUGGGGACGCAAAGGAGUGCGAAUCAACACCGUUAGCCCCGGGGCCAUCGAGACGCCUAUGCUUGGUCAAGUUCUGCGAUCGGAGCAGGGACCCUUUGCGCAAAGCAUGAUCAACAAUACUCCGCUUGGCAGGACGGGGACGUCUGAUGAGAUCGCCGGGAUCGUUGCGUUUCUGGCCGGGCCGGACACAGGGUUUGUCACUGGAGCGGACCUAGUCAUCGAUGGUGGCGCCUUGUCGGCACAUCGAUGGCCUGGAGCCGUCGCGGGAUUGAAGCACAAAGUUUUAUCAUCAGAUGGGCACGAGUGA